AUGGACCGAAGAACCUCUUCAAUACGAAGAGGACGACGAGAUGAAGAUAUCUAUAAAGCAGGAUACUUCCCUCAUCUUCAACAACACCUUCCUCUCAUCCACACCAUCAGCAAUAGCUUCGCUUCCAGCCUAACAAGCUUACCAACCCCUCAACUUCCCCUCACCAACCAAACCAAAACCCCCCUUACCAACCCAACAAUGCAGCUCACAUCAAUCCUCAUCACCGCCCUCGCAGGCCUCGCCACAGCCCGCUCAACCCCCUCCGAACGCCGCCAAACCUCAACCCCAAGCUGCCGCCUCGUCGCGCCCACAGACCUCAACUUCGGCGUCGCCGACCUCCGCUCCGGCACCGUCGUCACCAAAGUCCUGACCUUCCCCGUCGGUCCCACCACCGCUGGUCCCUGCCAGCUCGUCGGCGCCUUUAGCCAAGGCUUUCCCAUCGACCAGGGCGGCGACGCUUUCGCCCGCCUCAACGUGCGCGCGCUGGACGGUCCCGCUGCUGGUAGCUUGGUCGGUAGCUUUGGGCCGCUCGAGGUGGCGAAUGACGCUGUUGUCAAGGAUACCGUGCAGGUCGUCAACAGCUUUUCGUGCCGUGAGAGUUUGAGCUUCGAGUUUGCUAUUGCGAAUGAUGCGGAUGUUGACGUUGAUAUCAAUGUUGCAUUCACGGCUUCUGGGCUCGGCGGGUUCUUCGUGCAGGUUGGGGACCAGUGCAACUGA